CGCGAGGGGCGGGAGCGGCCGGGCUGGGCGCCUGGUGAUGGGUGGGGGGGCCAACUUCCUGGGGCCGCCCGUGAGGAUGUCGCGACCGCCCCCCGGUGCCCCUCAGUCCCGGAGACGCCGCCGCUGCGGAGCCCGGAGCCCCCCUGCCUGAGGCGGCCCGGAUUCGGCCCCUCCCCUCCCAGGUGCGGACCGCCGGGCGGGCGGGCGGGCGGCCGCGGCAGAUUUUAUCAUGUGGGCAACCUGCUGCAACUGGUUCUGCUUGGAUGGACAGCCUGAGGAGGCCCCACCGGCGCAGGGAGCCAGGACGCAGGCCUACUCCAACCCUGGGUACAGCUCCUUCCCUUCCCCAACGGGCUCGGAACCAAGCUGCAAGGCCUGUGGGGCCCACUUCGCAAACAUGGCCAGGAAGCAGACCUGCCUCGACUGCAAGAAAAAUUUCUGCAUGACCUGUUUGAGCCAAGUGGGGAACGGGCCCCGCCUCUGCCUCCUCUGCCAGCGAGUCCGAGCCACCGCCUUUCAGCGGGAGGAGCUCAUGAAGAUGAAGGUGAAAGACCUGAGGGACUAUCUCAGCCUCCAUGACGUCUCUACCGACAUGUGCCGGGAGAAAGAGGAGCUGGUGCUCCUGGUGCUUGGCCAGCAGCCUGUAAUCUCUCAGGAGGGCAGGACUCGCGCCCCCACCCUGUCCCCGGACUUCCCCGAGCACCAGGCCUUCCGGACGCAGCCUCAGGCCAGCACAGUACCUCCUACCUCGGCGAGACUGCCCUCUUCGCCCGCACAAGCCACCUCUGUGCCCCCCGCCCAGGCUCAGGAAAGCCAGCAGGCCAAUGGCCAUGUGUCUCAGGACCAAGAGGAACCUGUCUACCUGGAGAGCACAGCCAGAGCACCUGCUGAGGAGGAGACCCAGUCUGUCGACUCAGAGGACAGCUUCGUCCCGGGCCGGAGGGCCUCCCUGUCUGACCUGACCGACCUGGAGGACAUCGAAGGUCUGACCGUGCGGCAGCUGAAAGAGAUCCUGGCGCGCAACUUCGUCAACUACAAGGGCUGCUGCGAGAAGUGGGAGCUGAUGGAGAGGGUGACGCGGCUGUACAAGGACCAGAAGGGGCUCCAGCACCUGGUGUGUGGUGCUGAAGACCAAAACGGUGGAGCAGUGCCGCCCAGCAUGGAGGAGAACCUGUGCAGGAUCUGCAUGGACUCGCCCAUUGACUGUGUCUUGCUGGAGUGCGGUCACAUGGUCACCUGCACCAAGUGCGGCAAGCGCAUGAAUGAGUGUCCCAUCUGUCGGCAGUAUGUGAUCCGAGCCGUGCACGUCUUCAGAUCCUGAGGGCCGGUGCCGGCUUCUUCAGUGCCUUACAGGGACAGAGCUGGAAGGGUCUGGGCUCCAGAAAGACCAGCUUGCAGAGGGGCAGGCUAACAAGAGAAUCUGCAAGCAAAGAUGCGGUCACCUCUGGGCAUGCCUGUCCCACCUCGGCGGCGCACCUCUUGGCUGGCGGAGCCCGAGGCCGGUGGGAACUGGUACAGAUCGUGUGGGCAAGUCCCUGUUCCAGUGAUCUUGGGGUAAUGAUGGUAAUUGACGAAGAGAGGAUUUUCCAGAACUUGGACCAGAUUUUCCUCCCUUCCUCUGUAAACCUAACAGUUUCCCCCUUCCCCCUGUACCCCGGCCAUCCCUGAGCCACCUGUGUUCCAGCCGUCAGAGGUCCUGGUAGAAAUGGUUCUCUUCCUCCCCAGCACAUUUGGGUUUAUUUCUGGUCUCUGGCUUUCUGUGCUUUAACCAGCUUUGCUAGUCUCUUGCUACAUUGCCUAAAAUUUGUUUCUUCAGACCAAAAA